GAAAAUGCGUGUGCUACCGUUAUCGUUUCUUUUGACAUUAUUGGAUACAACAAAAGCAUCUAAAGGCUCAAGUGUGGACCUUGCAUUAGAAACCGUAUUAGAAUUUAAUGACGCAGUUGAUUCGGGUGUCUUAGACAAGAUAAAAGGAAUCAUAAACGAUAUCAGAAAUACUUUUAAGGAAAAUCCAGAAGACAACGUUCCAGAUGAAAAGAAGAAGCCUUACAAUUUUAUAGAUUUUCUCAAAGAUGCUAUUAUAGCGACUAAUUCUUAUAAAGAUGACGAAUUAGUUGAAUUACUCGACAUAAUUCAUAGCGAAAUAAAUGAAAUGGAUUUAAAAGAUGUUGAUUACAUUAGAGAUUAUUUAAAAAACAAUAUCGCUAACAUGAAACGUGACUCCAGAAAAGCUCGAAACAAUCUAGACAAUCUAUUAAGUAAUUUAAGAAAUACUAACGGUGACGUUAAUUCAAGUAGUGAAAAGGAAAGUGACGAAAAAGAUCGUACUAAUGAAAUUAUUGAUGGCGUUAAAAGUGAUACUAGAUACAAGCGGACAACACAACGGAAUAAAUCUGCAAGAUUUAGAUCUAAAGCCAAGACAAUUGGAAAAGUUAAAGACGACAUUUCCGAAACAGAUUACGACAGUACUGCAGAAAAGUCCUCACAAUCAGCCAGUGGUUCUGACAAUUCGGAACAAUUCGUACAAAAUAUAGAGAACGCUGAAAAGAAGAAACUUAUAGAAAAGAAAAUGAAAGAAGAUUUAGAUAGUUUGUUUUCUACGACAACUACUUCAACUACAACCGAGGCUUAUGCGGAUAUUUUUAAAGGUAUGGAAGACGAAUUCGAUUUAAGUUAA